UGCUUUUUGUUGUUGCUGGUUUUGUUUAGUGAUUGUCGAGUUUGGAGUUUUCUAUAUCUCAGAAAUAUAGAAAUAAGUUAUCGAAGCCAGUAACAAAUGAACAAGUGUGGUUAAAGAAAUCAACCGUCAUAUUUGAAAUUAAGAAUAGCUGUCAGCCCUUUUAGAAAAAAUGUAACAUAAACUUUAUUUAAUUUUCUCUUCCCUUCGACCCAAUUUUCUUCUAUGUAUGAAUUCUUGUUCGGUUAAAAAAACAAAACACCGCCGCAUGAAAUUGACGUCAUCACGUGGCGUCGGUAACGGGCAGGAGGAUUGAAGGGGAUUUGGGGAUUAGAUGCUGACUGCAGCGGAUCCAUUUGGACUUACUCCUCUUUAUCGGGACCAAAGUGACUCCGUGAGGCGAAGCUGCAGCGGCUCCACCGAAGAAACGCCGCGAAAAGCAAACGGGCGGAGGACGAAGACGAAGCGACGCGGUUGCCUUGACAACGGUGAGAGAGUUCUGGAAAUCAGAUCCAUCAAACACGGUACGCGAGCUGAGAGGGGUCAAUUAAUAACACACAUGACAGGAGGCAGAGGAUACUGAUAGAGACUGACAUACGACGAUUACAUAUCGUUGCGUCUCGAGAGAGCAGCACGUGUGUGUAGGACUCUUCCUGUGACGACCCCGUGUGAAUAAAGCUCCACCUGCCCCUUCUGCUGUGAUGUCCUCCGCUGAGUCGAGUGGUGAUGGAGGGAAGUGGCUGGACGCUCACUACGACCCGGUGGCUGGCAUCUACACCUUCUCGUCCUGCGUGGACCUGGCAGACCUGAGCGGGGACGGGGAGAACCGGCUGGUGGUCGGGGAUCUGGGCUCCGGGUCGUCGGGGAUGAAGCUGAAGGUGUACCGCGGCACGGCGCUGAUGAGCGAGAGCACCCUGCUUGACCUGCCCGCUGGCCUCGUCGCCUUCUUCAUGGACCUGCACGAGCCCCGCAUCCCCGCUGUCGCUGUGGCCUCCGGACCCUGCAUCUACGUCUACAAGAACCUGCGGCCAUAUUUCAAGUUCACCCUGCCUGGCCUGGAGAUCAACACACUGGAGCAGGAUGUGUGGCAGCAGGUGAAGGAGGGGCAGAUCAACCCUCUGACCCUGAAGGAGAUGUUGGAGAGCAUCAGGAGGAAGGCCGACGUGCCGCUGUCGGUCCGCUCGCUCAACUUCCUGUCUCUGGAGCCCGACGAGAUGGACGAGUUUGUUGAACUGCACAAACACCAGCCGAUCAAGCGCCAGACGGUCAUCACCUGCAUCGGGACUCUGAAGAAGAACAUGGCAGAUGAGGACGGCGUGAGCUGCUUGGUGAUCGGGACGGAGAGCGGCGAGGUCUUCGUUCUCGACCCCGAAGCUUUCAUCAUCCUCUCCAAGAUGUCGCUGCCGGCCGCCCCCACCAUCCUGGAUGUGACGGGUCAAUUCGACGUGGAGUUUCGCAUCACGGCGGUGUGUCGCAACGGCAGCAUCUACAUCCUGCGCAGGUGAGGCACACCUUUCACAAUAAAGGCUGUAAAAUGGGAGGAGUGGGCUCAUGCUAACAGAU